UGAAGCACAUUGGGUGAUACUUAAAAUAUUAUCAUGUGUCAAGUAUUUUAAAUUUUUUAUGAGCAUUAUUUCUCAAAUUUGGUACACUUUAUCUAUCAAUUUAACUAACAAAAUAUUGGCCCAAAAUAAAAGUGGAAAUAGGUUAAGGAUUAUUAUGAGAAAUUAUCAUUUUCCCUAACCUUAAUUAGUUAGCAUCUCAAAUCAUCUUCUGAAUUAUUGACGCUGGAGAGUCCCAUUCUACCAACAAAAAUUAAGCAAAAGCCUAGUUUUAGUCCUUCACUAAGUUUGAAGGCUUUAACCCCUCAUAUUAUAUUAUGAUACUUUUAACCACUCACCUAACUAGAUUCAUAGACCGCCGAGGUUGUGGGCGAGGAGGAUCACCUUUUCGUGCUCCGGUAGACCAGCGAUGAGCUCCGUCAGCAGCCGGAAGUAAUUGGAGACCGAUCGCAGAAGGAUCGCUUACUGUGGAUCAACCCAAAGGCUGCAGAGUCUACGACGGUGAGGGUGAUGUCUGGCCCCGCCACCAAUUUUAGCACCGGCACAGCACCAGCUUGUACCAGGACCAGGCGCCACGGCACGAUCCGCGGACCAGCACAAAGUGCUCGCUCGGAAUUGGCUUUGAUUAAGUCCCAAGUACAACAGAAUUAAGGUAUACUGAAAUUGAAACUAAGAUCAUAAGCUUCAGCUCUCAUACAAGAUCUUCUGUCAGAUUCCAUUAUUUAUCACUUACAUGAUGAAGCUUUUUUAUCUUUAAAAAAGUAUUGUGCAGUUC